AUUAUAUUUUAAAAAACAUCUGUCUUUUUUGAACAAGCAGAAUAGAAAACAAUUUGGGUUUGUUUGUUGUUUCUUACCGAGCAAGUAAACAAGAAGAGUGGUGUGGUUGAUGAUGAUCAAGAAGACAAUGAAAAAACAAAUAGAAAGGGGACAGGUGCUCCAAAACCCAAAGCAUAUGGUGAGGUGUAAGAAAAAUAGAAUAUUUAAGUGUCCGCCUUGCAAUUUUCGGAGGAACUUACCUGAAGAAGCUAAAAAACCCCCAUCUUGGCCAUCCUCUUUUACCAUAAACAUAAUUAGCAAAAUCAACGGACAACAAUGGAAAUGGAGGAGAAGAAGAAGAUGAAAGUGGUAUUAAGGAUGCUGCUGUUGCUGCUGCUUAUUCUUGUUGGUAUUGCGAUGGCUAAUGAUGAAGCAGCAAAUAACGUAUAUUCAGAGACAUCAACACCAAAUCCUCCAAACUCCUAUUGGGAAGAAGUUCGAAAGGUGGUGAAUAAAGCCUACUCGUAUCUAUUUCCCCCAAAAAUAGAUUUCCGACCAGGAAAGGCUGUGGAAGACGAUUCUGGACUGAGUGUGGAGGAUGGGAAUGUGAAGGAAGCUGUUACAAAGAGCUUCGAAAAGACGAAAGAAAUGGUGGAGGAUUCCGCUAAAGCUGCCGCCCAAACGCUUCAAAAACCACCACCACAUUCAGAACUCUAGGAAUACCAAUUCCUCCCUUCAAGUUUCUUUACACUUCUAGUUUCUUCUUUAAUCUUUAUUAUGUCUUCUUGUUAUUUGUUUGUUUUUGGUGAAUGGUGAAUUAUAUGCUCUACAAAAUUUGGAUGUUUAAGGAUGGGAAACUACUCCAAUGAAUUGGGCUCCCAUUUUAACCCCAUGCACCAUUCUCUCUCAAUAUAUUUUAAGUCUUUUUUUGGAUUGCGUACGUA